AUGACCACCUCUGGACGCCUCAGCUUCACCGUACGCAGCCUCCUGGAUUUACCCGAGCAGGACGCCCAUCACCUGCGGAGGCGGGAGCCGGAGCUGCGUGCCCCCUGUCCCAGACCCUGUGCCACCUGGCUGGGACCCGAGCGCGGCAGCUACGCGUCCUCGGACGAGAGCAGCCCAGACACCAGCCCGCCCGACUCGUCGCAGCGGCCGCCCGCUCAGCCUGCAUCUCCGAGCUCAGACACCGAGAAGAGGAAGAAGCGGCGGGUGCUGUUCUCCAAAGCUCAGACGCUGGAGUUGGAGCGGCGCUUCAGGCAGCAGCGAUACUUGUCCGCGCCGGAGCGCGAGCAGCUGGCGCGCCUGCUGCGCCUCACUCCCACGCAGGUCAAAAUCUGGUUCCAGAACCACCGCUACAAGUUGAAGCGCACGCGUGCGCCCGGGGCUUCGGAGUCGCCCGACUUGCCAGCUUCCGCAGAGCUGCGCAGCGCACCGGGCUUGCUGCGCCGUGUGGUGGUACCCGUGCUAGUGCGAGACGGGCAGCCGUGCGGGGGCAGCAGCGAAGUGGGCACGGCUGCUGCCCAGGACAAAAACGGCGCGCUCCCAGCCGCCGCCUGCCCUCUGCCCGGCUACGCCGCCUUUGGGCCCGGCUCGGCGCUCGGCCUCUUCCCUGCCUACCAGCACUUAGCGCCCCCCUCCCUGGUCUCUUGGAACUGGUGA